AUGCAAAAAUUCACUUAGUUUGAUUAAAUUGAAGCUGAAUUGAAGUUACACAAGCAAGAGAAGGAUUCACUGUAAAAUCAACUCACAGAAAGUGAAUAGAUUAAUUUAGGGAAUCAAUAAGUUAUAAAAGACCAUAAGAAAAAUUAUGCAGAAUAAAUAAAAUUAAUAUAAGAUUUGAAGAGACAAAAUGAAGGUUAAUCAAUUAAAACAAAAGAGCUUGAAUAAAAAAGUAAUAUUAAGUAGUAUUCAAUCUCUUGAUAGAAACUUAAUGUGAAGUUAUAGUUAAGGAGUAAAAUCAGAAGAAUGAGGAAAUGAUAAAAUAAUUAUAAUAAACUUUGGUAUAAGUAAAUUCUUUAUUAGAAGUAGGAUAGGUAAUUCUCUUAAUAACUGACUUUCUCGACAAUUUAUAGGCAAGUAAUUGGUCAGUUACUUAAAAUGGAAAAGCUAUUGAGACAAGUUAAAAUCAUAGUUGGUAAUGUUGUAUGUGUGAUUAAAUGAUCCCUAAGAAUGGUUUAAUCUAAUUUGCUAUUAAAAUUAUUGACAUUAGUACAAUUUUGACAGGAAUUGGUUUUAGUUAUAUUGUGUAGAGUAGGAAUUAUGUCAAUUGUUAUGAGAUUGGAUAAGGGUAUAUUUAUGAUAUUAAUAAAAUCAAAAUAGAACAUAUAAUAUUCAUUAUGAUGGUUAGUGUUAUAAUCAUGAUUAAUAAGAUAAACAUAGAAAAUUAAUAGCAUUUCCAUUUUCAACAAAUGAUAUUUAAUUGUUGA